AUGAACAUUAAGAUCGCCAUCGUCCUGGUGGCGCUGGCCACGCUGUCGAGCUGCACAGACGAGUCGAAAUCGUCUAAGAAGAACUCGUCGGCCGAGUCCACCGAGAAGAAGACCGAGAAACGGGGUCUCCACGGUAGCUACGGUGACCUAGGCGGUGGUGGGGGUGACUACGGCGGAGGUGGAGGCGGCGGCGGUGGUUCAUACGACCACCACGAGCACGUGAAAACCGUCACAGUGGUGAAAAAGGUCCCGGUACCAUACGAGGUCACCAAACACGUCCCCUACCUUGUCGAGAAGCAUGUGCCGUACGAGGUGAAGGUCGGCGUACCCCAGCCGUACACCGUCGAGAAACACGUCCCCUAUCCUGUGAAGGUGUUCGUGAAGGUGCCAGUCCACGUGCCUCAACCGUACACCGUCGAGAAGAAGGUGCCGUACGAAGUCAAGGUACCAGUGGACAAGCCGUACGAGGUGAAGGUGUUGGUCCCGCAGCCGUACACCGUCGAGAAACACGUGCCGGUCCCGGUGAAGGUCCCAGUACCCCAACCGUACACCGUCGAGAAACACGUGCCGUACACGGUGAAGGUCAAAGUUCCGUUGCCGCAACCGUAUCCGGUCGAGAAACCGGUACCGUACGAGGUCAAGGUGCCCGUCGACAAACCGUAUCCUGUCCACGUGCCGAAACCGUAUCCUGUCCAAGUGCCGAAACCGUACCCGGUGCCGUACGACAAGCCGGUACCGUACGAGGUGAAGGUACCCGUCGACAAACCGUACCCGAUACCGGUCGAGAAGCCUUACGCGGUGCCAGUUAAGGUACCCGUUCCCCAGCCGUACACCGUUCACAAGCCUGUACCCGUCUCGGUACCGAAACCGGUACCCUAUCCCGUCAAAGUACCCGUGGACAAGCCCUACAUCGUGGAGAAGGAAGUACCGUACGCGGUUGAGAAAGAGGUCCCUGUACCCGUCAAGAUACCCGUGCCUGUACACAUUCAUGACGAUCAUGGUGGCAACGGUGGUGGUGGUGGUGGUGGGGGUGGUUACGAAGGGUACGGUGGGCUCGAAGAUGGUGGCGGGUACUACUCGCAUCACCGUUGA